CGGCGGCAGCACGAGCGCGCGGCACAAGUGAGCCUCCAAUUAUUAAUUAGUAAUCGCUGAGCUGUUAAACGGUGAACGUUGUGUGUCUUGUGUGAUUUAUGGGAACGUGCCCAUAGAGUGCGAGUGCCGAGCAUAGAAGCAGCUCAACGGCCAUCGCCAGUGUGCAUCGCGGGAUAUCCCGGGAAAAGGGGAAGCCACUGUGGUGGCGAAAAGCAUCGCCGAAACUAGAACAGUUUUCCUUCUACUUCGAGCUCAUCGACAAUUCAACCUAAGCGGAAUGAAUCCCAUGGCCAAUUUUAGCUGCGCGAUAUAAUUUGCAAACAUUUCUAACCUUCAGCCUCGCAAGUACAAACAUCCCACCCAACCAUGACAGACGUAUCGCCACCAACCCCACUGCCACAGUCGUCAGACUUCUGGCAGUUGCGAUAUUUUCUCUACCUGGAUUUGCCACCGUCGUCGUCGUUGUCGUCGUCAAUCGGAUCCACGGGCUCCAACAGGCAGCUCUACGCCAACGAACCGGACAAAAUGCUCUCAAGCUGGGACCUGUCGGCACCGGUGCCGAUGUCGGAAAAUAUGUUAUCAAACGCCGAGCAGACGCAACUGCUACUGUACGACAUCCUAAUCCCGUUGCUUGGAACGUUGAUAAUCGUGAUGAACGUGGCCGUAGUUACGUCCAGUUUGUUGCUUCUGCGAAAAGGUCAGCAACCAUACACAACGUACUUGUUCCUGGGAAACGUUGCAGCAUCGGAUCUGCUGACGGGAUUUGCCGUUCUGUACGGCCAGUACGCACCGAAGGAAAUCCGCGGCGAGGAUAACUGCUCCAUUUUAAUCGGAUUAAUUGUAUCCACCACCAUUGUGUCGGUGUACAGCAUUGGAUUGAUCGCAAUCGACCGGUACCUGUACAUCGUCUACGGACUACAAUACCAGCGCUACAUCACGCCCAGCCGGGCGAAACUUUUAAUCGCUGCAACCUGGCUCAUCGGUCUUAUCAUCGGCUUUCUGCCCGCGUUCGGCUGGCGUGGCGAUACGGAUGGUGGACGCGUGUGCUGGUUUGUCCGUUUGGCACCGCCAGCUCUCAUUAUACUGACCACCGUGGUGGGAAUAAUCCCUCUGAUUGUGGUCAUUGUUCUGUACAGCAUCAUUCUACAUAAAGCCCUCCGCCGGGUGGCACAGCUGAAAAAAGCGAGCCGUGAGCAACAGGGUGCCCUGGCUGGCAAUUUACGAUUAUUUCGAGGAGGCGGAGGCACGGCGGCGGCGGCAGCUGCUAGGGCUCCGGCGGCAGCCGAACAGCCAUUGUCCGAAGAGAAUCGCAAACCAACCAAAUGCUUCCGAUGCUGCAAAAAACGCUCCCCCAAGACGAUUGACGGCCGGAACACCGGAAAGCACCCGACCAAGUGGAAAGCCAUCAAGGUGGUCAUGCUCACGACGGGAUGUUUCGUCGUGACGUGGCUGCCAUAUUUCAUCGCUAGCACCAUGUACGUCCUAUGUGACCCAAAUUCGAAUCCGGACCUGUGCCGGGGACUACAGUUUGCCAUCGCCAGCCCUUUGGCCAUUCUCGGAUUCACCAACAGCCUUCUAAAUCCCCUUAUCUAUGCCUGGUGGCAUAACGGUUUCCGAACAUCGAUGAAGAAGCUGUGGAGAAAAAUGUGCUCCUGUUGCUGCCAGCCAGGCGACAAUAAAUCAUUCCCACAAGAUCCGGCACAGGAGGCAUCGGCAAGAACGGCAUCCAGCAACGGUAGCAACCGUGCAGUCAUUGGCACCACCUCCGACGUCGUUGGCGGGAACGGUGUUAGCCAGCAGUCUCGAAGUUCAGAUGCUACAACAUCAACAACUACCAACACCUCCUCGUUUACUGGCAGCCCCCAGCACCGUAUAUCGAGGAACAACAACACCAGCAACAGAUCGAUGCCCACGUACAACAGCGACGCCAGUGACCUGGAAAAUCGAAUAACUGACACGGACAUCGAUCGUUCCGUGCAGACCAGACUGUGAAAUAAAGUGUAAGGAAAGCACACGAGUGGUCUUCCUGUUUCAAAAGAUUACAGUUCUAAGUAUUUUGCUCGAUAGACACGUGUGUAAUAGGAUAUGCUAAGGCCUAUGUGAGUGUGUAUAUUUUCGUUCAUAAGUGUGUAAACCAGCUUUGUGUCCUAACGACGAGAAGUAGAGUAGGAAGAAUAAUAAUAAAUUGUUUGUAUAGAUACUCAACUCAUCGCAAGCAGCAUGUCAAAGAAAAUUUAAAGAUUAUGUCCCAAUCACUACAGCAGCAUCAAUAACAAAAGGUUCCUCAUUCCGUCUUUAAAGCUAAGUUCUUGGUCUUCAUUCAUCAAUUAGAGUCCAUUCUAUGUAUGUAGGGAACGGAAACCUUCUUCAGCAAAGUGCUCCGAUUUUCAUCCUAUCGAAAACAAAGCUAAUAAGCGCUAUUUGUUUUGUUUUUUUAUUUUUGUAUUUUUUGUUAGAAGUCAGCAUGCACAAGAAGAACGGAAACAAUUGGUGCCUAAAUCGUCUGUUUUUAGAAUACGACGAACAUGGGGGCAUAGACUGAAUAAGAGUGCUCAUACCCUAUUUCUAGAAAAUUGCUUCACUCAAAACUCGGGUAGGGUAAGAAAUCAAACUUUGAACUAGUCAAAUUGUAAUCUUAAUUUGAACCAUUUCGAAAUUCAUUAAAACGACGUACUUUUUAGGCAAAUAUUGUUCCGAAAAAGAUGUUAAACAGCUUUCCGUAAUAUAACCUGAUAACAUGGACUUUAAAAGCA